UGUACUUUUAUCGACAAGAUGAGCGGAAAACAAAGAAUAGCGAAUUAGAAAAAAAAAAACAGAUCGAUUUGUUGCAUAACGGCAAUCGUCGACAAGGUCAGUCAUCAUCUUGGUGUAGACAAAAUCGAUGCACUUUUAUGAAACGUCUUUGA